UUCCCAAAUCGUCCAUUUUAAUGGACAAUCCGAGCGUCGGUAAGGGAGACAUUACUGUACAUACCGAGAAACGAAUCGGUUGCAUGCGCGAAUCGAUCUGCUUCAAAAAAUCCGUUCGAAUCAUCCGCUCGAUGAUAAUCGAAUCAUCGAAAAAGCGAAACACGUAUUCGUGACAAACGAACAGGAAAUAGAAACAGAUGCGAUCUACGAUAGCCGAUGGAAUUGCAAGCUUUCUAGGCAAUGUUCACGACUCUGAAUGAAAUUUUUACAGAAAUUCGCCGUACAGUCAGAUAAAAUCUGUAACUUCCAAAAAUACAACCAUCGCCCGUUCGAAUUUUUGAAAAAAUGAAGUUUCACUUUCAUUCGAUCGAAAUCUACUGUUGUAAAAUCUAGAAACCAGCCGAGCCCGUGAUUAUGGAUAAUUCGCGCAAGCAACUGUGCAAUAUCGGUCGAGAUGAAAGCGCAGAGGAGAAGGAAAAUCGUGUGAACAGUGUCGGCAACAAGAUCGAUGAAAAAUCGGAUGUGAACGUAUUGUAUACGAGCCAAGUAGAUCCCACGACGGCCUCGCAGGAAGAAAUACACAAGAAGAUCUCGUCGGUAAAGUGUGUAUUGGAGAAGGAUCUUAAGGCAGCCGAUUUCAAAUGGUCGUUGUUUGUAGCGGCGUGCAACACGUAUCGCUACGACACUUGCUUGAAGCCGUUUCCACCGAUGUACAUCAAGAACGAAUGCAAAGACAUCGAGGCCUUGAGAAGAGCCGUAGAACUGAUUCCACCACUUACUGUGAUACUUAAAGCGUUGCAAGAUCCAGAUGUAUACGAGCGAUACAGCACAACUAUAGAACUGUUGUAUUGGGUUUUGAUUCGUUUAAGGGAUCCUACUAUAAAAACUAUUAGCAAAGACUCUUACGAGUCCGUAUUGAGGAAGGUACCGUCAGAACUGUCAGUGGCUGCGCCGAAUUUAAUAUUCCAUGUUGCGAACGCGAAGCAGUCAGCAUCGGAGGAAAAGUGGAAGACGAUUGCGCAAGGUUGUAGAACCUUCUAUGCUUAUCACGGCAGCCGUUUAGAGAAUUUCCAUUCUAUUAUACAUUAUGGUCUGCAACAAAGUAUGUGCAAGAAAUCAUUGUUUGGUAAAGGAAUUUACUUAUCCAGCGAAUUAAGUGCCAGUUUACCGCAUAGUCCUAUAGGAUACGGAUGGGGCGGUAGCGUUCUGGGAAGCGAGAUGAAUUGUAUCGCUUUGUGCGAACUUGUCAAUCACGUCGAUGUCAAAAGUAGAGACACGGAACCGGUUGCAGAGGGUACUGUUCAGACUGUAUCUAAAGAUUCCAUGGGUGGCACAACCUCGAACAAAUAUUACUCGUUAACGAAUAGUGAAUUAGUACGAGUGAGAUAUCUUCUCGUUUACAGUCAAGAAGUACAAACCUCAAGGUCUACUAAUAAUAGAGGAUUAUUAGCAUGGUUCAAGCAACAUAAGUUAUUAACAUUCGUGCUCGGUUACCUGGUGCUACUGACCUCGGUUGGACUAACCCAUAACAAACAAGUUGAAAAAUAUUAUAAAUUAUUUGCUCAAAAAAUUGGAUUGGAGUAAUUGGAUUGGAUAUGUUUUUUACAUUGCCGCGACUUCAUUAAUUCGUCCUUUUUUAUUUACAUUAUUACAUUCUGCUUUCUUUUUCUAUUCCUUUUGUAUACAAUUUUUACUAUAGUUUAACGUCAAAUUGUAUUUAUUAUCAGCAAUAAUAUACACGCAGUUCAAUACAUAUUUUAAUAUAGACGAAUUAUACAUCA